CAGCCAGACUCACGUGAGUCUGGGGACGAGGCUACGUGUGACGCAGUGGAAGCCAGUGCGAAAAGGAACGAAAGUGGAUGUACUAGACGUGAACAAGAUCGUUUGGAUACAUCCAGUUCGAAAAUUGAUCUCAAGGUUUUCCGUGUCUCAGCUGGACUGCAGCAAUGGGUGAUGAUGUGACGUCGCACGUCAAUCUUAGUGCUACCGCCUCUGUACACAGAGGGCCGAGACGAGACUAUUACAACGACAGCAUGUCAUGUACACCCACUCAGAGGCUGGGAACGUGUCGAACAUAUGGUGUUGUUCUUCCCAGUGAUUAUUCAUUGUUUUCUUGCCAUGAUUGCAAACGAGGUGUCGGUAGGGACGAGGUUGAAUACGUGGGAAAUAGUCAACCUGCAAACAAAUGCAAUGCUAGGCUAUAUACUCAGUGGGUGUCAGGUAUUGCUCUUCAAUAUCCUGAAUUGUUGUCUGACACUGAACUGCUAGAACUCGGUGUGUUUGAGAAGUCUCAAUUGAUUAUCGAGCGGUUGCUUGAAAAAAAAAGCAACUACGAAGAUGAGCAGCUAAAAGCAGCAGCAAAAGAACUGAAACAGGAAGGAGACAUAACUCAAUCGAGAUUGCAGAUAAAGACGCUUCAAUGCGAACAUGUAAAACGAAUGAAAGAAAUUGAUGAACUGACUGAAGGAAUGAAGAAGGCACAACAUCUGAUUGAUCGUGCAAAUGAUCUUUUUUGUAAACAACGUCAAUAUUGUGAAGCUAAGCAAAAUGCAUUACAUGAGGAGAAUGGUGAUUUGGUAGAAAGAAAUAGCAAGUUAGAUGAGGAAAACAUACGGGUUUAUGAUGAGAAUGCCAGAUUGUUGCAUGAAAUAACAACUUUGAAGGAUGCACUACAAGAGGAGAAGACUACAACUGCAGAAGAGUUGAAGAAACAAGAUGAGAUGUGGCGAUGUCUUUUGAAUGCUGCAAAACAGCGGUAUAACAGUACUCAUCUUUGUGAGGUAGGCAAGCAACAAUUACGAAAUGUUGGUGAAAGGACAGAUUUUGUACAAAGUCAUGACUGUGAUCAAACUACAACAGCUGAUCAUGACAGUGGCCACCCAACUUCAGAUAUUAAGAACAAUCCAACUACUCUCAAAGCAACCGAAUGCUUGUCUACUGUAGAGGAAUAUCAUGAACAAGUAGAAUUACCCUCUCCAGUAGUCUGUUCACCAUCUAGUGGAUCAGCAACUUUAUCUAAUAAUAACUCACUGAAGUUGUCCAAAGGUAGUGCGCUGGCAAACCUUGAAGAGAAAGAGCAUGUCGAAGAUUUGGUCAGAAGUUCAGUUGGAUCUGAUCAUGAAAAUGAUUUAAAUGAUGAUCAGUGUCAGGAUACAACCAAAGUGCACAACACUCAAGCAAUGCAAGAAAGCCGUGUGAUGAAGGCAAAAUUUCAAGAAAACCAACUUUCAGAUGAUCUUAAAGACUCACAUUCAAUGUUAGGCAAAAGAGAUGUAAAAGUACCAGUUGAUCUACAUGUUCGGAAGCCACACCAGCCAAUGAUCAGCACUCAGUCUUUCGACAUCGGUGAUUUGGCCUUGUUCUGUUACUCUGAAGAUAUUGAAAUGUAUGUUGCAUUCAGUACUAGUUGUGAGAAACACUUUUUGCAUCCAGAGUCACAGAAAAAAUUGCAGCCGUCCACAGCCAAUACUUCAAAGGGAUCAGAUCCUAUUCUUAUGGUGAUUACCAAUCGAGAGUUCUGCAAAAUCACAAAGGAUGAAAAUGAGUUCAACCUUCCUGUUGACAUGAAGUUUUGGCGACUCUCAGCAAGCAGAUUCAUCCCCAAUGUUGCUUGUUAACAAGAGCUCUUGUCCAUAUACUGCAAAUUGUUGUAGUACUAUUUAUGUUUGUCGUGCAAACUUUAGUUUAUAGGAGAGUGUUUGCCAUCAUUUGACUGUACAAUAUCAGUACAUUGUAAAAAUAAUUUAUCUUCCUAAUUAAAUUACAAAUAUAGUAUGCAGUAAUAUGUUGCAUGGUA